GACGGGCGAGGCGGCCCCUUUCCCCAGCGCGGCCAGAGAGAGAGGAAAGCCAGGGCUCAGAAGGAGCCCGAGCCAUCGCCAGCACCAGCGGCGGCGGCGGCGGCGGCGGCAGAGGCAGCGGAGGAGGAGACGCGGUCCCGGCUGCCCAGGCUCUGGGGCAUAGACGGAACUGCAUCCCCGCCCUCCUCCCCCUCAGCCCACUGCAAGGAGCCCGGCCGCUGCGGUGAAACCUGCAGGACGAGGCUGGACAAAGCAAGAUGGCAGGGAUCUUAGCCUGGUUCUGGAACGAGAGGUUCUGGCUGCCCCACAAUGUCACCUGGGCAGAUCUGAAGAACACAGAAGAAGCCACCUUCCCUCAGGCUGAAGAUCUCUAUCUGGCCUUUCCGCUGGCCUUCUUCAUCUUCAUGGUCAGGCUAGUGUUCGAAAGAUUCAUAGCCAAACCAUGUGCCUUAGGACUUAACAUUCAGGCCAAUGGACCACAGAAAGCCCAGCCUAAUGCCAUUCUGGAAAAGGUCUUCACUGCAAUUACAAAGCAUCCAGAUGAGAAGAGAUUGGAAGGUCUUUCUAAGCAGUUAGACUGGGAUGUUCGCAGUAUCCAGCGCUGGUUUCGACAGAGACGCAACCAGGAGAAGCCUAGCACUCUUACUAGGUUCUGUGAGAGCAUGUGGCGAUUUACAUUUUACCUUUAUGUAUUUACCUAUGGAGUCCGGUUCCUAAAAAAGACACCUUGGCUGUGGAACACAAAACAAUGCUGGUACAAUUAUCCUUAUCAGCCACUGACACCUGAUCUUCAUUACUACUAUAUCCUGGAAUUGUCAUUCUAUUGGUCCUUAAUGUUUUCUCAGUUCACUGACAUCAAAAGAAAGGACUUUGUUAUUAUGUUCCUGCAUCAUCUUGCAACCAUCUCCUUGAUCACCUUUUCAUAUGUCAACAAUAUGGCCAGAGUGGGGACUCUGGUCAUGUGCCUCCAUGAUGCAGCUGACGCCCUGCUGGAGGCUGCCAAAAUGGCAAAUUAUGCCAAAUUUCAAAAAUUGUGUGACCUCAUGUUUGUCAUGUUUGCAAUAGUCUUCAUCACAACAAGACUUGGUAUAUUUCCUCUCUGGGUAUUAAAUACAACUUUGUUUGAAAGCUGGGAAAUUGUUGGACCCUACCCAUCCUGGUGGGUUUUCAACUUGUUGCUGUUGUUAAUUCAAGUCCUGAACUGCUUCUGGUCUUACUUGAUCAUAAAGAUAGCUUGCAAAGCUAUUUCUAAGGGCAAGGCUGGAAAAUGGAAUCCUUUGCAUGUGUCCAAGGAUGACCGGAGUGAUAUUGAAUCCAGCUCAGAUGAGGAAGAUUCAAUGCUUCCUGCAAAGAGCUCACAACAUCCCACCACCAACACCAAUGGGACCAGCGGCACCAGUGGCACAAAUGGGUACCUCACAGGUGGUCCUUGUGUGGAGGAACACUAAUUAAACCACAAGACCUGAACAAAGUGAACUCUUUGCUACUGGAAGUAUUUAACUAAGUUGCGAAUGCGGUCCCUUUCCUAUAUCUCAGCAUCAGAAACAAAAAUUAGGAUUAUCAAAGCAUUCUGAUAGUGCACUGCCAUAUUUCCUGUCUGUGAAUGAAGAAGACUUUCCAUUCUCUAUAUGUAGGCAUGCUGUAUGUAUAUGUUAGUGGCCCAAAUGGGAACAGUAUUUUCAUAUGUAAUGUCUUUGAAUAUUAUUUAUUUUUUGUAUUUGUUUGUAAAUCUGUGGACAAAAGGGAACUGCCUCACUCCUUUACUUUGCAAAUUCUUUAUGGAAGAAAGAGAUGCUGUGAUCUCUUCUAUCCCUUUUUGUUGCUGUAGCUUAGAUUGCUAUAAGUAUUUGUCAGCUUGAAUUGUUACUUAUAGUAAGCUAAAGGCAGCUUUGCAGAUUAUAGCUCAGCUCCAGAUGUGUUUGCCUCUUUUGUGUUAUAGUGCCAGUUUACAUCGCUGAUCAAUUCACAAUGGCUGUUCUCCCAAUGUAAAGUUUAAACAGGCUGAAUUAGUUUUGUAAGUAGUCUCUCUCUAAUGUGAUCAAUUAGCAGUUCAAAUUAAACAGUGGUUAUUAUAGGGUAUUAUUUUAGCAUUGUUUUUCAACUAAAUUGGUAGUUAAUUGCAUUAGAAUAGGCUCCAUUACUUGUGUGCAUACCCAUAAUAUAUUUAUGUCAGGGGCUAUGGUAAAUUCCUAGUUGCAGCUUAGUUCUGCCUUGUAAGCUUAACUCUGGCAGGAUCUUGCAUUGCUUUUGGUUCAGCUGAGAAACAUUGCUCAGGUCCAUAGUUAUAAGUGGAGAAUUCACAUUUAAUAUUGAGAAUUUGUCUUUGUGAGCUUGGAAGAAUGAAAGCAGAGCCCACCAGCUCAGAGAUUAGUCAUUAUUGCAUGCAUGCACAGAAAGGUUUCAGCCUGGCUUUGCUGCUCUCCCUAUAAUUGCUGUAAUAGUCUGCCUUGUCAUGAAAGAAAGCAAGCUGAAAGUCUUGCUCAAAUAGAAAAGUCAAUUUUUAGAGCCUUAGAAGAGUUCUCGCAAGUGUUGAGCACUUUAUUGCAUCCAGCUUUUAAAACCCCUAUAGUAUUUGACCUGGACGUGUGUGUGCGUGUGCAUAUGUAAUAAUUAUGCCUGACAAAAUCAGUAGGAAAAGAAUAUUUGACCACCUUCCUCAUCCAAAAACCAAAAUGAUUUGCUUAUUCUACAAACUAAGUUGUCAGUUUGACCCUCUAAAUCACAACUUCUUAAACUGUGAGUUGUAAUCCCAUACAAGUCUUGAAGCAGAAUGUGGGGAGUUGUGAAAUUAUGAUCUAUCAUCAGUAAACAUUGGAUUUUUGUACCUAUUUUAUGUUCCUAUAUAUCCAGAGUCACAUAAAAAUUUCUCUGGUGAAAAGGGGUCAUGAAUGGAAAAAAGUUUGAGAAGGCCUGCUCUAAAUCCCUCUAUAGAUUUGUUUAGUUCCUAGCAGUUUCCACAGAGCACUGUUCUGAUUGGAAAUUGCUUUCCCCAGUAGUGACUGGAUCAGCAGCAAGAGAUUUCUUGGCAACAGACUUGAUUGAACUUCCUUUUGGACAGUGUUAUAAGUGUGAAAAAAGAAGAAAGAAGGUAAUAUGAACCAAAGAACUUUUUUUAAUGUAAGUGGGAAGAAAGAAGAAGCAAUAGCUUUUCUUUCUAAUGACAAAAAAAAAAAAUGUCUCAGUUAGAAAAUUAUACAUUAAAGAAUUGAAUCUUCCCACUUCUUCAGAAUAUAGUUUCUGGUUUAACCCAUACCAAUAGGUGAGGAGAUUUGGAAAGAUAUGAGUCAUUGAGAAAGCAAUAUUCUUACUUCUUAUAGAACCCUAUUACUUUAGGUCCGAAAUGAGGAUGUGUGUAUGUGUAUAUUUGUGCAUUUAUGUUAGUAAUCAAAAAGGAUUAAUAGCACUUGUUUGUCAUCUGAAAAUAUGCUGAAAAUGUGAGCUGUCUUAAAAUAAUGUCAAGCAUGUUAGAAAUAUCAGAAGAGAAAAUUCAUCUUAUAUCUUUUAAAAUAAAGACAGAAAAGGUGAAAUGUGAUACUGUGCUUUAGUUUCUAUGGUCAGUUUCCAGCCCAGCUGAUUUCUAGCAGAAAUUGUGGGAUGGAAGCAUCAAUUUCUAAGUGUGUAUGGAAAUUGGUCCCAACAAGGCCAUGUGCUCUUCUAUUUGUUUGGAAAAGCAAUUUCAGAAUGAUGAAUUUUGGAAUAUUUGGUGUAGGAACCAUUGCUUAAAGAUUAGGCAUAUGAUUUCUGAGUGUUUUUCAGGUUAGGUUGUAGAUUAUGUUUUUACCCAGAUAGUCAGUUAGCAUGAGAUUUGGGAGGACCCCAAAGAUAGCACCAUACCAAUUGAUUUGAAUCUAAGUCCUUCCAAGAACCUGUGGAUUCAUAUUUCAUUCAGUGCUCUUGGGCAAAAAGUCAUUUUAAUUUAAUAACUUUGAGUUAAUAAAGCUAAUAAACUGUCUCGAUAAACUAUUUUAUAUAUAUGUACAAUUAUACAUAUGUGAUAUGCAUAUUAUAUGCUUAUCUGUAUACACAUACAUAUAUAUAUUCUGUUCUGAACCUCUCUUGAGGCUAGGUAAGGGUAAUAUAUAACAUCUACCAAUACCAUAGCCUUGGAAGCAUAGACUGUAAAUUUAUACAGAUUGAUAGUUUAGCAUAACAUAGUCCUGAGUAGACAUUCCUCCACUUUACAUUCAUGCCAGUCAUGUAUGUAGGAAAGGGAAAGAUAGAAAAGCUUCUAGGGGAAAAAAAGGGUUUAUUCCAAAAAGUUAUAAGGUUUUUUUUGACAUUUUAGGAGGAAAAAAAGAAUUAGAUGGUUAGAUUUUGGCCUUGAGUCAAAUUGAACAAUUGAUAUAUUUUUGAAAGUGUGACCUAUAUAUUUUGUGUGUACAUUUAUCCAAAAAGUUAAACCAUGCUUAGCCCUGGCCAGUCCUUUUGUAAAGCUUCCACUAUACAUAGCUUUCAUUUUUACUGUCUUUAUUGGCUUUCCUAUCGUAUUGCUGAUCCAACCAAAAGUUACAGAAAAGCAUAACUUGGUGUGCCUAGAGAGCAGUUUUCUGCCUACGGUAUAUGAGCUGGUUAUAGUUCAUGUUAUCUAGCUUCAUUAGUAGAAUUAGGACUUUGUCUAUUAAUGGAAGUGAGGGAAGUGGGAGGGACAGUUAUUAGUGUUUGGGAUUUAUUUUUAGCUCAGUUUUUGGAGAUAUCCACAUUGUAGACACCUUUCCCCAUGACUUCAUUAACAUCUCAACCCCAAGUGUGCUGUUAGACACUGCUCUGGGGCAAUUCAGAUAAGGAAGUAGCCUUUUAAUGAAGAUGAAUCUAUGUGAGAAAAGUGGGCAUAUUCUCCAAAAUGCAGCUAGUUGAGAAAAGAAAAAUGUCAGAUCUCUAUCAGUCAAAAAUGGAAAAGGAACAUAAAAAAUGUUCAAUUCUUUUGCCAAAAUUAAUAACCCUAAGUAUUUAAUAGAGUUUAAUUUUUCUAUUUUCUAUUCCAUUCCAUUCUCUAAUCCAUAAUGGAAAGGGUCUGAGCCUUUUACAGCUGUAUCAGUGUUAUUUGGUCUGAAAUAAAAAAAGUCAUUAUUAUUUCAGUUGGCCCAAGUCUGUCUUAUAGAACUGUUCAUAAAGAAAGCCAGGAUGUAAAAAAUCAUUCACUUAUGUAUGGAAAGCAGUUUUUACUUAGACACUUCUAUCAUAAUCUAAAAAAAAAAAUCUGCUAGUCUUCAUGUCCAUUCUUAUAAGAUUUUAAUUAUUUAAAAAUUAAAUCAAUACAAAAUAAUUCUAAAGACUAAAUUUUUGUUAGUAUAUUCCCCAAGGUUGUGAUUAUAUUCAAAUGAGAUAAUAUAUAUGAAACAUUUUAUAAACUUUAAAAUGUUAUAUAAACAGAAAUUAUUUAUUGUUAUUAUAAUUAGCAGAGAUGCUUCAAGAUAUCCUUUAGAAACAAGAAGGCAUGUAUUUACAAUCCUUAGUAAGGUGUAAGGUCUUGAAAUGUCCCUGACACCCUUUUCUUCAAGUCUUAUGCUGACAGUGACCUCCAGGCUUCUGUUCUGUAUGUUUAGCAUAGAUCAAGGAAGUAAUUGUCAGGGCACAGAUAUGUCAUUCAGGUAAUGUGCAAAAAAAAAUAAAAUAAAAUUUUUGUCAACUUGGUCUGAAA